AUGAGCAGUCGUGAACAGGCAGUGCUUCAAGCGAGGAAGACUAUAGAGCAACUCCGAGGAGAGCGAAAUAUGCGGAGAACUCCUGUGUCUGCGACAUCGGCUGACCUAAUAAGAUUCACUCAAGAUAUGCAACGUGAGGAUGUCCUUCUGACAGGGUUUCCAAACGACAAGAUGAAUCCAUAUCGUCCAAAAAGUUCAUUCCAAUGUAAUCUUAUUUGA